AUGGUCGCCGCCGCUGCGGCCAGCGAUCUUACCGAAGAAGACCGAAUCUCAGAACUCCCUGACGAGAUCAUCCACAACAUCCUUCAUCGCGUAAAACGCUCGAAGGAAGCGAAGCUAGAAACAGCAGGUUUCAAAGCUUUGCCACUGCGGUUUCCAGGCGGCUGCUGCAGCAGCAGAAAACAGAAGCGCCGAUGUUUCUCGACGCCACGCAAAUCAGAAGAUCUACAGGAGUUGUUGCUGGCUGCUGCGUCGUUGUCGGAGGACGACGACGGCAGCAGAUCGCCGCUUGAGAUUGUGGUUAGUACUUUUCCGCCGGCUUAUGGCAAUCGCUUAUCCUCUGCUUAUUGUUUUCCCGAUGGGGCGUUUUUGAAUUGCCGCCGCACCAAAUCAAUACACCUGAGAGGGGUUGAGAGCCUGGACCUCUCUCAUCCCAACCUGAAAACCAUCUCCAUCGGCGAAACAAAACAUGGCAAUGUUCUGCAACUCAAGCUGAUCUCAGCGCCACUCCUGCACACACUUCGCUUCCGAAACACAGACGAGUGCAAGCUGAAUGCGGAGUCAGAAAUUUUCGAUUCCGAACCUCAGAAGCGAUCGAAGCCGCUGCCUUGGCUGAGGAUUGGUAACGACGAGGGUUCGGCUUUCAAACUGCGGACAUUGAGAUUGAGCUAUUCCAGGAUGGAGAAGCCAUUGGAGAUUGAUGCUCCUAAUUUUUGAUGGACUGCAGAAUGGUUCGUCGAGCUGAGGCGGUAUCUCGCGGCAUUAACUCGAUCGUUCCGUAGCCAGUCGGUUCUGAAGCUGCACUUCCCAGUAUUCUCCUCCUCCAUACCAGAGGUGUCUUUCUGCUCGAGUGAAGUUGAAUAUGUAUCCUCUCCUCUAGUGGAGGUGCAACAUUUACAAUUUGGAAGUAUGCUUGGGAGCAGGUUACAAACAAAAACCUCGAAGAUUGUUGUGGAGAAGUUAAGUGCUGGAGACAUCAACCGAAAGAUGUGAAUAUGAUACCUAAAAUUGUCGAUGAGAAUUCAAGUCUUACGGAAAAUUAUAUUUGCUUUACAUUGUUCUAGUGCGACUGUGAGUGUAUUAUUUCAUUUUCUCAAAAUUGACAUAAUUUUUAUUCUUUAUUCCAUAUUUAUCUGGCUUAUAA